AUGGAUUUAUCUUCACACGAAAGAGAAAGAAAAUUAGUUCCAAGAUUUCGUCGAAAAAAUCAUAGUAAAAAUCUAGUUGAUCUUGACGAUCAAGAAGCACAGGCUUUAAUAGAAAAAGAUUUAGAAAGUCAUUUUAAAUGGACGAGUGAUAUAACAGAUGAUUUUAAAUAUAAAUAUGAUGAUUAUCAAUAUGAAGAAAGUAAUCAACAAAUUUCAAUUAAUGAUCAAGCAAAUGUCAAUUUUCUUUAUGAUAUUGAAAAUAGUUCGGAACAAUUAUGGAAAAAUAAUAUGGAAAACGAUGAUAAUCAAUUUACGAAAUGGACACAUGAUCAAAAACAAAAUAAAAUAUCUUUUUCAAUUGAAACUAUUCAACAUAGACAACAACAAUGGGGCUUAGAUGAUAAUAAUCAACGAUCUAUGCAAUUUAAUUUAAUAAAUCCAAAUGAGCAACAAUAUAAACAUGAUAUAGAUACAAAUAAUGAUAUUUCACAAAAACGUUUUAUUGGAGGAGAUGAAUUUCGAAAUAAAAUCAAAUUUGCUGUUGAGUCGCAAGAUGAAAAGUUAAAUUUGUUUAUACAAGAUUCAGAAGAUUUGUUAUUAUUAAAAAUUGAUACAAAUAUACCUUCAAUAAAUUCAACUAUUAGUCUUCCUCAAAAUCCAAUUACUUUUCAUUGGCUAGAAGGAAUUUCGCAAUAUAAUAUAUCAUUACCUGUUGAUAAAUAUUCUCAAGAAUAUUCUCCUUUAACUGAAAUAAAACUUCAACUUGAUUCCAGUAGUUUAAAAUCUAUAAAAUGGUCAUUAGAUUUAUUAAAAGAAAAUCUUAUUGUUUCUUAUUUAAUUAGUUUACCAGAAAAUGAAUAUAAACAAUAUUCAUUACCUGAUCAAUUUCAUUUAAAGUUAUCAGUCGAUGAUGAGAAUUAUAAACAAUUAUUUUCUUUAAUCGAUUUUUCAUUUAAACAAACAUUAAGUAUUUCAUCAAAUGAUAUAAAAGAUCAAUUAUUAACAAUAAUUGAUUCAUUUGAAAUAGAACAUAAUUUUGGACAUGAUGAUCAAGAGCAAUCUUAUCAAUGGUCUUUAAAAGAUUUAAAAAUAAUUAUUUUAAAUCUUUCACCUAUUGAAAUUCUUAAUUUAAUCUACUCACCAACUGAUGUUAAACAAAUUUUACUUGAAAAUUUACUUAUCGAUAGUGAUGAAAUAAGUGCUCGAGCUUUUCGUCGAUACCGUUGUAAACAUAUGUCAAUUAAAAAUGAUGACAAAGAUCAAUUAGAUUCAUUAGAAGGUUUAAAAUUACAAUUUAAAGGAAACGAACAAAUUGCUAUUGGAGAAAAACACAUAGAAAAUGAUUUCAAUGAAGAACAAAUAUAUCAAGAUAUCACAAAUUGUAAAAUUUUAUUAGAAAAUGAACAUCCACAAUCAUAUGAUGCUAAAAUAGAUGAGAAUUCAUCAAUGAAUCAAGGUCCUUGUUUAUAUCGAUCGGAUUAUGAAUGUCAACCACCAAAAACUUGGUCAAGACUUCGUCGUGAAAUAGGUUAUAUUUCAUUUGAUGGUUCGCUUUCUCAACCAACUUAUUAUUUAAAUAAAUCCUUUAAACGCUUUGUACAUAUUCCUAUCAAACGAGAUCAUUGUUCAUCUAAUGUUUACAAUGGUUAUUCACAAUUCAUCGAAAAAAUUCGAUUAAAUCCAGAUAAUUAUUUUCGUGCGUUCGAUUCAAUUGAUCUUCGUCCAUUACUUCAUUGGUAUUCACAAAAGCAACAUCUUUUUUCUUCGACUAAUAAAAAUCUCUUAGAACCACCAACAUUUAUUUGUCGUCGAUUAGUUUUACGGACAAUUCUAGCUAACCUAUACUGUGACAGCGAUCCAUGGAAAUUACUUGUUGUGCGUAUUAAAGGACAAUUCUAUUUAGCAUUAGCAAAUCGUCAAACAAAAUCAGCUGAAGAUAUAACAAUAGAUGAAUAUAGUGGUUAUAAAUUUGAAGCUUUAUUUACAAGUGAUCAACCAAAUACAACAAGAUUGACGGAAAAAAUUCCUUUAGAAAAACCACAACAACAAUUUCAUACUGUACAAUAUUGGCAAUUCGGAGAUUUUAAUUUACUUUAUUCAAAUGAAAUUGAUGGAGAAAUAGUCAAUGAUAUACAAGAAAAACCAACAACCACUGAAACACCUCAAAAUCUUAAACCAGAAAAUGAAACAACCACAACUACAACUACAACUACAGUAACCAAAGAAACUUCUGAUAAAUCAAGUGAAGUCGAUUGGUGGGAAGAAGGAGCACCGACUGAUAUCGAAUCUUCCUCAGAUCAAAUUCAAGAUAAAUUAAAAGAAAUACAAAUAAAUGAAAAUCUUCAAUUAAUCAAUGAUGAAAAUGAAACAGUUGAAAAGAAAAAACGAAAUGAAAAUCAAAUAAAAGCUGGUUAUGUUGAAAUGAAAUGCACAAACAAAAAAAUCUUCUAUCGAGAUGAAAAUAAACUACAAACGCUUUAUUGGUGGGCACAAAUGUGGUUAGCAAAUGUAUAUACACUUAUGAUCGGUUAUAAAACAUCAAAUGAUGGAACUGUUAAUCAAUUAGAUUUUCUUUCAACCGAUAAGCUUAUUUCAAAAUUUCUUUCUAAAUAUGAUCUUCGUCUUAAAUAUUGUUUUUCUUAUCUUUAUUCAUUUCUUAACUUAAUAGAAAAAACAAUUACAAUCGAUGAUCCAAAUACAAUUCAUGCAUUUGCUUAUAUUCCGCAACCAUUGGAAAUUGAUCCUCUUACUGGUAAACCAUUACAAUAUGAUUUACCUAAAUGUGUUCCAUUUCGAUAUACACAAAUAAAAAGAUCAAAUCAAAGACAUUCGAAUUUUAUGCCUCAAUGGUAUCUUGAAAAUAUUCAAAGAACUUCGCCAAUCGGAGGAAUUUUACAAGAUGAUCAACUUAAAACGGUUGAAGAAGAAAUGAAAAAACGUAUCGGACAUCGAGGAAGAUCAUCGUGUAUACUUAAACAAGAGAAACUUAAAAAAAGACACAAAUAA